AUGGAUUUCCUGAAUCGCCCAGAACAGUCCUCGUGUUCCGACCCAGACAACUCCAACCAGAUCCUCUUCUCCCACCAAAAUAUAUCACCUGACUUCUGUGCAUACUCGCCCAUUCUGGACAAGUCUGCCGUGGUCAAGGAGUACUGGUGCCGUGAAAUAGAGCGAGCCACCAAGAAUCCACUCAACUUCAAGAGCGUCAAACUCCCCCUGGCCAGAAUCAAGCGCCUUAUGAAGGUUGAGGAGGAGGUGAAGAUCAUCGCCCAGGAAGUCCCGGUGCUCUUUGCGCUGACUACCGAGAAGUUCAUCGAGGAGCUGACGAUCCGCGCCUGGAUGCACACGAAGGAGGGAAAGAGGAAGAUUCUGCAGGGAUCCGACAUCCUGAAGGCCGUCAGGACGACCAGAAGCUACGACUUCGUGAACCAGCUGAUAAUCGAGGGCAACAAGGAUAUCCUCAAGAAGAUAGGCAAGGGAGAAUAA